AUGAGAGAAAAGAAAGGGAGAUGGGAUCUCAACGGCUUCCGGAUAUACUUGGACGAACUCCGAGCCUUGCAGGUGCCAAUUGAGUGGGCUAAUGAGGCCGUUCACCUAAUGCUCGCAAUGGAGAGAGUGAUCAGAAGGUUGGUGAGCGGCCUACUUGCGGAGUUACACUAUCUAGCUCCAGCUCCACCCCCAGUUCAGCCACCAGUUGUUCAGAGGUCUCAGUUGAGUGUCAGGCAACCAAUAGUCACAGACUAUCGGAAAGCCCAAGAGGGUCUGGCCCAAGCAGAGGCGAAAUACCAGAUGAAACUGCGCGAGAAGCCAUCUCAGGUGGAGCCGGUUCACAAGAAGAGGCAACACAAGGUGCCUGAGAUCUCUGAGGAAGAGGAAGAAGAAGAAGAGGACGAGGAACGCUCAUCCACUAGCAGCGGCUACGACGACUCCACCGAUGAUCCUGGAUAUAAGAGGGAUCAAAGAGAGGAGGAAGAUGACGAUGAGGAGGACAACGACGAUGCCGAGUGGUUUGAUGACUGA